CUCUUCGGAAGCGUGGUAAUUACUGUUGUGUUGUUAACUGCCAUAACAGCAAUGUAAACACGAAAGGGUUGAUGCCGCCAGUGAAAUUCUACCGAUUCCCAACUAAAUGGUACGAAAAAAGCAGACGACAGGCAUGGAUUACCGCAGUGCGCCGAACAAAUGCUGAUGGAAGUCCAUGGUCGCCAACAGAGACAACACGCAUUUGUAGCAGACAUUUUGUGGGAAACUGCAAGAAUGACAGUAACCAACACCCGUCGUAUGUGCCGACCAUUUUUCCGGCGGCGUACAAGAAACGGACACCUGAUCCAGAAGUUGCGCAGAGGUGGAAACGGCGUUUUGCAAGGGCAGCCAGAACAAAUUCUGUGGAGCAGGCUGUGCCGCGGAUUACUCCUCAAGUUGAUCCAGCAAUGCAAGAUCAAGAUACCACUGCUUGCCUGGGCUUCAAUGACACACUUCUAAGUGAUUCGGAAUCAUCAGAGAUGCCUCUUGCACCCAUCAGUGAUGAUGACUGUCAGCGUUCGGCAGGACCCUGUGAAACACUAGGACAGGCUCAUCCAGUUACACAGGCUGAUGCUGCAUGCCAAACAGAGCCAGAAUGCCGAGGAAACCUGAUCAUCCUCCUGUCAACAACAAGCGGGUCUGAGGCAUCAACUCAAGUUUCUCACACUGAACAGUGUGACAAGGUCACUGGGACUGAUGGAAGCUGGAAGAGGAAGUGUGAAUUCUUUGAAUUUGAGACACUUAAGCAAAAGGAGACUGAUUUGUGAGAUAUAUGCGGAGUCACCAUACAGGUGUUUAGUCUUUUGCUAAAUGUUCUGCCACAGGGCCCAGCUACCGAAGCACAGACAUGACCCGUGAGGACAAGCUUCGUCUUUUCUUGGCCAAGCUUAAGCUUGGGAUAAGCUUCAGUGCUUUAGCUGUGAUUUUCGAAGUGGCUGCAUCAACUGCAUCAAGUUCAUUUAUAAAAACACUCGACAUACUUAGCGCAGCCUUGAAGGAGUGGGUAUUUUUGCCACCAAGGACUAUCAUCAAGCAGUGCAUGCCACAGCUAUUCAAGGAUAAUUAUCCAGAUUGUACAUUUGUUAUCGACUGCACAGAAGUUCGAACUGAAAUGCCAUCAAAGCCCGACUGCCAGCACAUACUCUACUCAAAUUACAAGGGAUGCUAUACAUUGA